AUGAGCACAGGGGGCCCAAGCGGAGCCCCGCGAUCGGCUGGCGCGCGGGCGGCUAGCGGAGCAACGGGGACCGCCGGCGGAACCGGCAUCGGCGGAACGGGGAGGGGCACAGCGCCGGGGAAGACUCCGCCGAAACACCCCUUGGCGCGGCGGCUGCGCGGGAAGAAAACCGAGGAAACCCUCGCAAAGGAGAUAGGCGUGGUGAUGGUGCAGCUGGGGAAGCUAGAGCCUGGGGGGGAGCGAAAGGUGUGGCACGUGCUGCGGAAAUACGCCAAGUGCUUUGGCCCCGAGUGCGUUUUAGGCGCUCUGAACGAGCUCAUGCGCCGGAACGACGUGGACCGUACGAUCGAGGCGUUUGAGUGCAUCCGAACCGCCCACUGGUUCGAGCCGGAUCCGAUGCUGUAUGCGCGGAUGAUUGAGGUGCUGGCGCGGAACUCGCGGACUGAUACUGCUGCUGCACUCUUUGCCUCCAUGGAUGGCGGCCCUGCUGUGCCCCUCACUGGGGGAAUGGCUAUGCUGGUGGGCUCAGGGGGGGGUGGGGGAGCGGCUGGGAGGGGUGGUGUGAGGGAGGAUGUGAGGAAUGGUGUGAGGGGGAAUAGUUGGGAUUCUGGCAGUGAUGACGAUGAUUUUAGUGGUGAUGACGUGGAUGGGUUGGACGAUGAGCUGGCACGAAACCCAGGGUAUGAUGACGAGGAUGAGGAUGAUCCGGAUGGCGACCGGUGGGGCACGAGCAAGGGGCGGCGGAGGCGACUCAAGAAGAAAGCUGCUGCUGCUGGAGCAGCGUCAAAAGGUUCUUUAGCAGCAGCAGCGCGAGGAGCAGGGGGAGGAAACCGAGUUGGAGGAGGAUCAGGAGGGGCAGGAGGGGCCGAAGGAACAGCGGCAACAGCGUCGGCAGCAGCGUUGGCGCAGUUACCGCGGUUGAAGGCGUGUGUGCGCACGCCGUCGGUGUAUGCAGCGAUGAUCGACGCGUAUGGGCGCCGCCACCAGGCCACGGCUGCCCUCGCCCUACUGCACCAGAUGAAGGCCACCCCCGGCUGUGCUCCAGAUGCUGCGGCUUAUGGGUCGGCAGUGAAGGCACUAUGCCUGGUAGGCCGCACCACGGAGGCGGAGGAUCUCCUAGCGGACAUGGCGCACAGGGGCGUGCUGCCCGACGCCACUCCCCAUGUUGCUCCCCUCUUUACUCACCCCUGGUCGCAGGUCGGCAGUGAAGGCACUGUGCUUAGUGGGGCGCACCACGGAGGCAGAGGAUCUUCUAGCGGACAUGGCGCACAGGGGUCGGCAGUGAAGGCACUGUGCUUAGUGGGGCGCACCACGGAGGCAGAGGAUCUUCUAGCGGACAUGGCGCACAGGGGCGUGCUGCCCGACGCCACGCCCUUCAACGCCCUGAUUGACGCGUACGGGGGAGCGGGGCAGCUGCAGCUGAUGCGAGACAAGUUCUUUGAGCUCACCAGCGUGGGGUUGAGGCCCGAUGUGCGCACAUUCAAUGGACUCAUCCGAGGUUUCGGCAGUGCGGGGCAGCUGCAGCUGAUGCGAGACAAGUUCUUUGGGCCCACCAGGGUGGGACUGAGGCCAGACGUGCGCACGUUCAAUGGCCUCUUUAGGGGUCGGCAGGCGGUGUUUGAGAACAUGCGGAUGGGGUACCGCACAGCACCCAACGUGCACACCUGUGCUGCUACCUGUGUGCUUCACUGUUCCUCUCUUCCUUGUUGUGCGUCUCGUCCCGUUCCCCUCUCCCUCUCACCCACUCACAGAGCGGGUCUACUAUCAGAGAUGGAAGCAGUGUUUGAGAACAUGCAGAUGGGUUACCGCACAGCACCCAACGUGCACACCUUCCAUGCCCUCAUGGACGCCUAUGGCGCCCACGCCCUCACCUCCCUGCACCGCCAAGACAGCAAGGGAACUGAGUGGUUUGAGUCGCAGCAUGAAGCCGCUCAGAGACAACCGCAGCAGGAGCGGGAGCAGGAGGAGGAGGAGCAGACGGGGAGACGGGAGGGGAGGCAGCAGGAGGCCAGGCAGCGACGCGGAGGGGAGCGGGAGGGGAGGUUUGGGAGGUCUGAGAGGAGGGGAGGGGAUGCUGAUGCUGAUGCAGCGGAGGGGCAGCAGGGGGGGAGGCAGCGGAGUGCAGAGCGCAGGCGGGGUGUGUUUGAGCGCAUGCAGCGCACGCUGCUGCAUCUUGUGAAGAUGCGUUACCGCCUGCAUGCCGAGUCGUUUGACCUGCCCCUCAAGUACCUCUCUCAGGCGGGCAUGGUGGAGGAGAUGGAGAAGGUGUUUCGACUCAUGAGAGCCAUCGGUGCCGGUAUGGUGGAGGAGAUGGAGAAGGUGUUUCGGCUGAUGAGGGCGAUCGGCGUGCGCCCCACAACCACCACCUUCACGCUUCUCGCUGAUGCCUACAGCGCCGCCGGGCAGCCGAAACAAAUCCUGCGCCUGCUCAAGCAGAUGCAGUCCAUGCCCCUUGCUGCCCGAAAAGAAAACAACUCCACUCCCAACAGCGGCAGCAGCAGCAGCAGUAGCAAUGGUGGUGGUGAUUCUUCCAGUGCGCGCAGCAGGCUGCUUGCUGCAGCAGCGGUGGCGUUUGCCUCAGCAGUGGAGAUCAAAGAGAUGGAGUGGUGCCUGCUGCAGCUGCACCCUCUCAACACCACCCCUUCCUCCAGCCCCACUCCCUCCUCCACCUCCUCUCCUUCCUCCUCUCCCCCCCCCUCUCCCUCCUCCUUGUCCCGCUCCACCUCCUCAGCCUCAUCCUUCCCCUCUCACGCUCUGGCUGAGCCGGCGCGGCUGCAAGCAUGGGUGGGGGCGGGGGGCGGAGGCAUGGGGGUGGUGUCGGCAGCAGUGGAGGCAUACGCGCGGGCAGGCAUGCUCUCCCACAUGGAGGCUCUGUUCUUGGGGGCUCAGACCUUGGGGAUGGGUGGCAUGGGUGCGAGUGAUUCAGAUUGGGGGGGAGUUGCAGGGGAGGGCGUUGGUGGGAGGAUGGGGGAAGUGGGGGUGCGUGGUGGGGGGAUAGGAGCAAGAAGUUUAGGGGGAGGGACGAUGGGGGGAGAAACCAUGGGGGGAAGGAUGAUGGGCGGGGGGAUGAUGGUGGAGGGGCGAAUAUGGGGAGGGAGGGAGGGGAGGACAUGGGAGGGGAAUGGAGGGGGUUCAAGGGGGUGGGUUGACGAGCCUAUGGGGACAGGGAUGGCGGUACGUGGAGGGGUUGAGUACGGUGCCAAUGGUACCUAUGACUAUGGUGGUGAUGGGUAUGGUGGCAUGGCAAGUGGCCAUACAGAAGUCUUCUCUUUACCCUCCUCUCCCCCUCCUCAUCCCCAUUACCACCCCCGCGGCCGCCACCGGCUCGUUUUGUCCUUAUCUGCAUGCAACGCCAUGGCUGAAGCCUACGCUGCAGUGGCCUCUCCGGGCGGCGUGAGGCGAGUCAUGGCUUACAUGCUUCGGCACGGAGUGGCCCGCGACGAGACGACCAUUGCCGCCCUCCUCUCCGCUUGCGCAGCUGUUGCUGACAUGGCGGGCAUGGAGGCGGCUCUGCAGCGGGCAGUGCGACGGGGUAUGCUGGAAACGACUCCAUCUGGCGCCUACGUGUCGCCAAGUGGAGCAGUCCGGAGCCUGCCAGCUGGCGCUUACGUGGCAGCAGCGCAGGCGUUUGGAGCUGUAGGGAAGGUGGGAAGGAUGAGGGAGAUGCUGGGAAUCGCGCGGCAAGUGGGGCAGGUGGGGCAGGCGGGAGUUGUGCAAACCGCAGAGGAGGUGGAGAGGGAGUGCUAUUUGACUGCCAUCGAUGCUUUUCUUACCUCUGCUGAUAAUGAUGACGAUGCUGGUCAUAGCCGCAGUGGUGGUUUGGCUGACACUUUGAGAAAGAGAGAGGGUGAAGGGGGAGCAGCUGGCAACAGAUGGUCCGAAGCUGACUCACCAGCAGCAGCUUCGGCGAUAGGUUCGGCAGCCGGGGCGCCCGAGGAGCCACCAGCUUUGGAGAGAGCGGAGGCGCUAUUGGAGGAGAUGCAUGGGCGGGGGAUGUGUGCUGACGUGGCGACGUACAGUGCUGUGCUGGCAGCGAGGGGGCACGGGGCGGUGGUGGAGGGGGCAGCAGAGGAGGUGCUUGAGGUGGAGGCGUGGGGGAUGAGUGAAGGGGCCGCUGCUCGCUUCCGCCCUCUCGUUCGCUUCCUGGGCCUGUCGCUGGUAGAGGGUGGGAUGACACGGGACUUGACGCUGGAUGGAGGCUUGGAGUGCAGAGGAGUAACUUUUGAGCUGACUCAAAAGUCGCUGGAGGGAGGCUUGGAGAGCAGAGGAGUGGGGCAGCAAGAGGUGGUUGGGAGAUUUGGCUCGCAGGGCAGUGGAGAGGAGCGGCGGCAACAGCUGACAGGAUUUGAUGCUUCAUCAGCACAGGAGAAGGCUCUGUUCCAUGACUUAAGGAAGCUUCUUCGAAGCGUCCAAGGCAGUGCCCACCCUGCUUCCCUGCGCCCUCUGUUUGCCUCUCUUGCCGCAGCUCUCUGCAGGUUUGGCAGGCUUCGCCGAGCCUGUUUGGUCCUGGAAGAGGCUCGGAGAUUUGGAGCAUAUCCAACACCGCCAAGCCUACCUGUGCCGAGCCUGGCUGGCCCGGUUUGGUCGCUGGACCUGCACUUGUACCGAGGUCCGGUGGCAGUGCUUGCACUGGCAGUGUGGCUGGAGGAGCUCUGCUGGAAGAUUUCCAAAGCUGAAAAGGAGGCUCGGGAUGGUUUAGUGGAAGGCUCGGGAGGAGAGAGACUCGGAAGGCAAGUAUUGAAAGGAGAUAUUGAAGGGGAUUAUGAGCUACAGUGGCCUGCACGAGCUGUGAUUAUAUUGGAGGCCAGUGGGCAUGAGUUGCUGGAGCCAUCACAAGGGCGGAGAGCUGUGAGAGACUUCAUGGCUUGUAGUGAGUUGCCUUUUAAAGCGCUCAGUAGUGAUCCGUAUGGGCGCAUGGAUGCAGAGGUGGAUGGGUUGAGGGAAUGGGUGGAUGGGAAGUGGCCGAUAGCAAGUGAUGCAGGGAAAACAGCAGGGAGCGAUGCCUUAAAGCAUUUCAGGCCUGGUCUGUGGCAAGACGUGAGAAACUUUCUGCUGGUUUAUUUUGAACAAUGA